AUGUGCGCAUCGAAGGCUCGAGACGAUUCCAGUGAUUGUUCAAGUCCGAAUAUAAAAAGCCCAACUGAAAGUUCUCCAACUGAUAAUAAACUAGUAUUUACACUUUCACCGACUCCCUUGAGUCCCAAAGAUAAAGGAACAAAACAACCAUUUAGUUCUUUUCAUAGUGAUAGCGAGAGUUCUAAUAUAGGCGAUAUAUUAAACGGAUCUUCGUCUUCUUCUUCUGAAACACUGUCAAAUAAAAGAACAGGAUACCCACAUUUUCAAAUCGGUGUUAGUGAAGAUAGAAAUAGAAGAUGUAGAAGAACAAUGGAGGAUUCUCAUUCAUUUUUUUAUGAUUUUGCGGGAGUUGAGGGUCAAGGAUUCUAUGCCAUAUUUGACGGACACGCUGGAAAAUCUGCAGCUGAAUGGUCUAAUGGCGAUGUCGGGAAAAAAAAGAAGCAAAAGCGAGUAUUGUAUACCGCGAAUGUAGGUGAUGCACGAGCUGUUUUAAGUCGUAACAACACUGCAAUUAGAUUAUCAUACGAUCACAAGGGUAGCGAUGCUCAAGAAGCAAAAAGAAUCGUAGACGCCGGUGGAUUUGUUAUGAAUAAUCGUGUAAACGGUGUAUUGGCUGUAACGCGUUCGCUGGGCGAUAGUUCGAUGAAAGAAUAUGUAAUAGGCAGCCCAUACACAACAGAAACCAAUAUUACAGAAUCAGAUUCAUUUUUGAUAUUAGCUUGUGACGGGUUAUGGGAUGUAUGUAACGAUCAAGAUGCUGUUAAUUUAGUCAAAGAUAUCCUGGAUCCACAAGUUGCCAGCGCUAAAUUAAUUGAACAUGCUCUUCAAAACUUUAGUACGGAUAAUUUGAGUGUGAUGAAUAGAUUAAUUACUGAUUUAGAAAAAUUGCAAAUUCAUUUGAGAAGAAGAUUUGAAGAGGAACUUAACAUGAAUAAUGAUGGCACAACAAUGCAUACUGUAUUAACAAAACAACUCAAUGAUCUUAAACAAGAACUUGUUAGUCUUAAAGUACAAAAGAUAGCUGGAGGUGCUGCAUCAAAAUUAACAAAGAUGUUUGGUAAAAAAUAUAAACCCCUUGAUCUUAGACCAAAGAAAACCUGUGCAAUUCGUAGAAAGUUGACUAAAAAUGAAGCUUCAAAGAAAACUAGACGGUAA